CUGGAACAGAGACAGAGCAGAUAGAAAGGGAACAACCAUCGACAGAUGGACUCUGUUGUGAUUAAAGAUGGCGUCAUUCUUCACUGCAGACUAUGAAGGAUUGUAUCCGAUCUCUAAAGAAGUGCUGGGAGUUUUCUGCAGUUCAGCUCAUCACAGCCAUGAAGAACAUAGCGUGGUACAUCAGCAGGAAGAAUUGGACUGCACAUAUAAAGUAAUACAGAAAUAUUCUGCUCCAGUCAGACCUUUCCAAUGCUGGGAAAUUAGACUGGCUUUAUUAUUACUGCAGUAUAGUGCAUUAAAUCAUCUUAAAAUGGAAUCGACAUUGAAAGGAUUCAGACGUGAUGGAUACAUGAGGAUGACAAUCAAACCUAAGGAGAUUUUCCAGAGAAACAUAACUAGAAUACUGGAUCCAACAGUUGUGCACUGUGGGCACUCCAGGAUUCAUGGAUGCCGGGACUAUGAGCAUAAACGACCAAAGAGGCUGCAUCUCAGACUUGGGAGGCAGCUUUACUGAGAAUGCUCCCAGACCUCCGGUUCCCGGGGAGGAAGGAGAGCUGGUGUGCAGCGAUGGUCGCCAACACAGCAAUUUCACCUUCUCCUCCAAGAACGAGGGCACCAAAAGUGAAGCUUCUGUGGCUACACCCAGACGGCCAGACUUGGAUCUGGGCUAUGAGCCAGAGGGCAGUGCUUCCCCGACGCCACCCUACUUAAAAUGGGCAGAGUCUCUUCAUUCCCUCCUGGAUGACCAGGAUGGCAUCCAUCUCUUCCGAAAAUUCCUCAAGAAUGAAGACUGUGCAGAUAUGCUGGACUUCUGGUUUGCAUGCAGUGGCUUCCGUAAGCUAGAAGCCAACGAGGGGAACGAGGAGAAGAAAGUAAAACUGGCGAAAGCUAUCUACAAAAAGUACAUCCAGGACAACAAUGGGAUCGUCUCCAGGCAAAUCAAACCAGCUACUAAGUCUUUCAUCAGAGAUUGUUUGAUUAGGCUACACAUUGAUCCUGCAAUGUUUGACCAGGCUCAGACUGAGAUACAGCUCAGGAUGGAGGAAAACACUUAUCCUCUGUUCCUUAAAUCUGAUAUAUAUUUGGAAUACACACGGACAGAAGGAGAGAGCCCCAAGCUGUGCUGUGACCAGAGCCCUGUUUCUGGUAAUGAAAAGGGGGUGUCUGGAUUACUACCGACUUUAAAUGAAUAUGAAGAUAAAGAGCCAGAGGAGAGCGAGUGUGACGUGACACCAAGCAGCCAGCUCACCCACAAAAUGUCGUUGGAGAGGGUACCACAGCAAAUCGCAGGCAGUGCAAAAUCCCACGACAUCCAAGAGUACAGGCAAGGAGCAUGUCGAGAGCCCAUCAACCCAUACUACGUCAACCCAGGUCAUGUUCUGGCCCCAGCCACCAGUGCCAAUGACAGUGAGCAGCAGAGCAUGUCCAGUGACGCAGACACGCUUUCCCUUACAGACAACAGUGUAGAUGGCGAUCCACCAUACCGAUACCGCAAACAGCAUCGCCGGGAGAUACACGAGAGUGCCAAAGCAAAUGGGCGAGUGCUACUACCUCAUUUUCCACGCAUAAACCGGAUUCCAAAGGAUAUACACGUGGAGCCAGAGAGGUUCGCUGCUGAGCUGAUCAGUAGGCUGGAAGCGGUCCGGAGGGAGAGGGAGGCUGAGGAAAAACUGGAGGAGAGGCUAAAAAGAGUCAGAUUGGAGGAAGAAGGCAAUGAUUUCUCUGCACCUUCAUCAUUACCCAGUCAAAGAUUCCCCCCUAGUGCUUAUUCACUGAAUUACAACCCUCGUUAUGCUGACAUCACAUACAGCAGUCCUUUUGUCCAAGAUACUCAUGAGGAAAACCCAGAGAGCAUCCUGGAUGACCAUGUCCAGCGGGUCAUGAAGACACCCAUCUGCGAAUCGCCAGGAACCGGGCGCCAAUCCCCAAAGUCUCGCUCUCCAGAUGGUUUCUCUGGGUUUAGAGGUGCAGUACAGCCAGGCCAGGGUAAACACGCUGCAAGACGUUGUUUGAAGGGAGAACCUGGCCAUUCCUCCCACCACAAAUAUCAGCAUCACAGUCAUGUAACCACCAUGGAGCCCGAGGGGGCCACACGUUCACAAGGCAACUUUGCCUGGAGCCUGGAGACUAGCAAUUAUAGCUCAAAAUCUCGAAGCUAUGCAGAUGGGAUGGUAUCCAACCCUGUGGAGCACAUAGGCUACAGCAACAAAAGUGGCCUCCAGUGUAAUAGAGUCUUCAAGAGAGGUGAAGAACCGAGAGCUUUUGAUGUGCCACGGUCUGCUGAGGAAGGGGAUAAAAAACAGAAGAUCCUGCUAUGGCUUAUGGAAGGACAAAAAGAAAUGGCUCACCAUAAAAGAAGUCCUUAUGGGAGUGUCAGUGGUUCCAAAAGGACUACAACCCAUGAGGGAUCUCGCCUCGGCUCCUCAGACCGAUCAGGGUCGAUGCAUCCAUGCCUGGGUGGCCAAGGCCGCAGCAAUGUGCAGCCGUUUCACCCGUUCAUCCAGGACCCUACCAUGCCCCCUAACCCUGCACCCAGCCCACUCAUUCAGCUGGAGGAGGUCUGUCGGAGGCUUCAGGAGGAAAAGAUUAAGUCUGGAGCACUGCAGCCAAAGCACAGACAUAAAGGCUAUAAAAAGCAGACGUGUGAGAAUAUUACUGUGGCUUAUUACUUCUGCGAGGAGCUGAUACCAUACAGGACAUCUGUCCCAGGGAGAGUUGUUACUUUGGGCCAGUUCAAAGACCUUCUUACAAAGAAAGGACAUUACAGGUAUUAUUUCAAGAAGGUGAGCGAUGAGUUCGACUGCGGCGUGGUAUUUGAAGAGAUACGGGAAGAUGACACCGUCUUGCCCAUCUUUGAGGAUAAGAUUAUCGGGAAAGUUGAAAAGGUUGACUGAAGUGCAAGCUUCAGAGGAAAGAAAACAAAGAUAGUGGAUAAAGAGCAGAGGAACAGCUUAAGGUAAAGAGGAAGUGAGUUUAAAAUGAGAUCAGAGGAAAGUGAACAGCAGGGAUAGAUCAGAAGAAGGAGCAGUUGAGGAGACAACCUCAAUCACACAUUUUUGGAGUUGGAUGUAGCAUUGUAAAGUUUUCUAGAUUGAUGAGGAAAAAAGUACCCAAAAGCUGCAUAUUUUUGCUAUAAAGAUAUAUUUGAGGAUUUUCUUCCUAAAGUAGCAGCAAUUCUCUUUUUUAAGUAUCCUGAUGCCAGAAAUGUACAGUUUGUGUUAAAGGAUAAUACAUUUUUAUUCUAUUUCUUUUAUUUCAAAUGCUAAUUUUCCAUUUUAUUCAUUUUCCUUGCUUAGGAUGAUAAAUCAUUUUGUGGAGCUGACUCUUGUUUUUAUGUUGAACUUAAAUGUUCUGAAUGUGAACUUCUAAGUGUUUUUAACAUGUUAUUUUGACAAGCUGUAUUUGUACCCGGAUUAUGUGGACACAUAAUUGCUGAUUUUAGACUUUCUAAAUCCUGCAAAAUAGCGUUUUCGAAUUUAUUUUGCACAUUUUAAAAUAUUGAAAUGCUAAAAGUAAUUUUUUUGUAAAUUAAGCCAUAUUUUUAAAGAAUGUCUUAACUCAAAACAGAUGUUUGUUCGCAAUUUGAAUACAGUAGGUUGUGCUAAAGUCAAAUAUUUCUGGUUCGGUGUGUAUUCCAUGUAACUAAAACCAUUUUUAAGUGGCUAAUGUUUUUGAACCUAUUGCAUUGAAGAAUAAAAACAGAAAUUGAUGCAAUAAUUUCUAAAUUAAAAAGGAGAGAGUUAAAUUCCAAUGAGUCUAUGCAAAUAUUUACAAAAAUAUUUGGUCACAUUUUUUCUGAACAUUAUUAGACAUUUUAUAUUAAACAGGACAACUAUACAUUACAAUAUAUAAAUACAUAUAUAUUUUCAAAUCAAUAAAUAUUUUAAAGGGCAUCAUUUUCCAAGACAACCUGGCUGUAUGUGAAAGAAGUUGUUAUUGCGCCCCAAACCUAAUACCUGGUCCUGUGACUUCUGAUUGUGAUGUAUGCCUUUAAUAUUUUAAUUAAGAUAUUUUAUUUAUUUAUUUUUCAAACCUCCCACAAUUUUUUAAAUUUAUAGCUGUUAUCUAAUUACAUUGUGAUUGUCAUUGGGAUGCUGCCUGUGAAAUUAAAAAGCAGAUUUUCCUCUGGUAUAAAAAAUGUUACAUGUUUUUUUCCCUUUUCUUUAAAAUUAGAAUUUGACUGGCAGCCCAGUAAUUGUCAUUAUUUAUAUUUUUUAAUGUGUAUCCAAGCAUGAGCUCCAGAUUUUCUUGCAGUUUAUGUAUUUUUUCAAAUGCAAGUUUAAACGCUGAAAAACU